GUGCUGCUGUGGACGGCUGCUGGGGGAGCACUCCUGGACACACUUCCUGCCCCCCGUCUCCCUACAUCCUGGUCCCGGAGCGGAGCUGGAGGACCACUGGUCCAUGGAGCGUCACACCAAAGCCAGUCCCACCAACGCCUACGGGACCGUCGACUUUCAGGACACCGCCACCCGAGUCUGCCGGGCCAAGUAUGUCCGUCUGGCGGUGGACUCCAAGCCCGAGGCGCUGCUGCAGCUGAUGCUGCGGGAGUGGACGAUGGAGCGUCCCAAGCUGCUGCUGUCCGUCCAGGGCGGAGGGGACAACUUCCCGCUGCCGCCGAAGGUGAAGCAGGCGUUCAGCAGAGGACUGGUCACAGCGGCGCUGAGCACCGGGGCCUGGAUCCUCACAGACGGUAUCAACACAG